AUGUUAGAAAGCCAAGUCGCCCAACGAGCAGAAGAAGAGGCGAGGGUAGCCCGCGAAGACUGGGCGCGGGACUCAGAGAGACCAGCUGCGAACUGGGUGGAUCUGAGUGACAACGACUUCGAGGAAGCGGUGAAUGAAGCGAUGGUACUGGCAAGUGCGACAAAAGGAAGGUUGCCGCGGAGUGGAACAGAGGCAAUGAGGGAGCCGGAGACAUGGGGUCCUGCAAUGAGGGCAGAAAUGGAUCAGAUGAAAGAAAAGAAGGUGUGGACGUUGGUGGACCUACCGGAAGGAGAGAGGGCGCUAGAUGGAAUGUGGGUGUUCGAUUUGAAGAUGGACGGUGCAGGAGAAGUCGUGAAACGGAAGGCAAGAUGGGUGGCGAGAGGGGACCAGAUGGUGGAGGGCCGAGACUUUGGAACGAAGUGGGCGAUGGUAGCCAGGAUGGAGUCAGUGCGGAUGGUAUUUGCGGUGGCUUCUGUGAAGGGUCUGCACGUGCGACAGUGGGAUUUCUCUGGGGCGUACCUAAAUGGGACAAUGGAUCGGGCCGUAUACAUGAAACAGCCGCGCGGAUUCGAAGAGAAGGGGGAGGAAACCAAGGUGUGUCUUCUCUUGCGACCGCUCUAUGGGCUGGUUCAGGCGGGGCACAUCUGGUACAAGACCUUGAGCACUGGGUACGGGGAGUUGGGAUACCACGAAAACGCGGCAGACCCAUGCGUACGGACUCGAAACCUCGGCGGAAAAUACACCAUAACGAGCACCCACACGGACGACGUGAUCGGAGCAUCCUCGAGCGAUCAGGAAAGUUCACACGUGGUGGAGGAAUUCGCGGCGAAGUGGGAUUUGAAGGAGGUCGACCUCAACCUACUGCUGGGCCUGACAGUGGAAAAACUGUCGAACGGGGACAUUGCGCUGAGUCAGAGACAAUAUUUUGAAAAGGUGCUCGAUCACUUUGGAUUCGCUAAUUUGCCUCCGCUGUCAACCCUGCUUCCCCCUGGCUAUCAAGUCCGCGCAUCCCCGAACCCCCUACCAAUAGAGGACGCUGAGUUCAUGCAAGACAAACCGUUUCGGCAGAUCCUCGGGUCGAUCGUCUGGGGCAGCAGCGGUACGCGUCCCGACCUUGCCUACGCAUGCUGCGCGUUGGGACACGUCCAAGCAAAUCCCGGACCUGAACACUGGCAAGUCCUCGUUGGCGUGCUUCGUUACAUCAAAGGGACGCUCGAUUACGGGGUCAAGUACUCGCCAAAUAGUCAAAGCCCAGGCGGAGACCUCAAGCCGGUCGGUUACGUGGAUUCGGACUGGGCCGGCUGCGUGGAUACUCGGAGAUCAACCACCGGUUACAUAUUCUUCAUGGGCGGAGCCCCGGUCGCAUGGUCAUCGAAACGGCAGGCGGUCGUCGCACUGUCGUCCACCGAGGCCGAAUACAUUUCUCUCGCUCGUGCCUCGCAGCAAGCGACUUGGAUGAAAAACUGGCUGGCCGAGGUCUUCUUACCGCAGGAACUUCCGUUCAGUCUCCGAGGCGAUAACCUGGGAUCGAUCAGUCUCACGGAGACCACAAAAGGGCAUGGCUUGGCAAAACACAUCGACAUUCGGUAUCACUACAUCCGCGAUCGCGUCAGCAAGGGGGAGAUCGCGGUUACAUCCGUGCCGGGGAAGGAGAACGUGGCCGAUAUCAUGACGAAGUCGCUUGGAAGGGUGGAUCAUGAGCGGAUAUGCCAUGCAUUGGGUCUCGACUGGAGGAGAACUGAACUCCAGGGGGAGUGUUGA